AGAGUUGAGCUAGUGGAGUCAUGGAUCAAGCUAAGGCAUGAAAUUCACGAAUUGCCUAAAUUUUCUCGCAAGCCAUCUAGGUUACCCUCAUGUAAAAUUUGUAUAAGAAAUUUCUCGGGUUCGUCUCUGAGAUCCAUUGAAGAAGGUAGGUCGGCCGGGAUCAAAAAUCACGCUGGUUUUCCUUAACAUAGUAUCCAAAAUGAGUUCAAUCAGAGAAAGACUUGGAUCUGAUAACUUUGCUGUGGGUAGCCUGUGCAAAACUCUUCUGAUUGUGGGUCUUCUUUAUUUGAUUGUAAUCUUCCUCUCCAAUGAAAAUCACAACAGUCCAUCAAAUCCUAGCUUGUUUUCUCCAUUGCUGAAAAGGCCCCCCAUUUCCACUACUUCUAGUACCAAUCAAACGUCCGAGGUUACUCCAACAAAUCUCAACCACCUUGUUUUUGGACUUCUUGGCUCUGAAGAAGCUUGGCAUGACAGAAUUGCAUACAUCGAAUCAUGGUGGCAGCCAAAGGUGACGAAGGGCUAUCUAUAUCUAGACAAACCUCCAACAGGAAAGCUCAUCCCGUGGUCGAAGGCGUCACCUCCGUAUCGUGUCUCGGACGACCUUACCAAGUUUCUUCAAGAAACCCAAGCUCAAGCCCCGGUCAUGAUCCGAAUGGUUCAUGGAAUAAUGGAAGUCUUUCGAGAGGUGAAGGACGAUGAAAGCAUCAGAUGGAUAGUCAUGGGAGACGAUGAUUCAAUAUUUUUCGUUGAAAAUAUGGGAUUUGGUGGGGCUGGAUUCAUGUUGAGUUACCCAUUGGCCAAAGCUUUGGCUAAAGAUAUGGAAGGAUGUCUUAGGAGAUAUGCACAUUUCAGUUCUGCUGAUACCAUUACCUUUGCUUGUAUAGCUGACAUUGGAGUCAAUCUGUCUCCCCAGAAAGGAAUCCACCAGGUAAUUAAUAUAGCUACUUAUAAUUCAUUAAUGAGUCUAUAA